UUUUUUUUUAUUUUUUUUUUUUUCUGUUAUUUUUUUUUUUCUACACUGAAGGAGGGCGACCAACCAAUUUUCGUCGUCCUUUCCGAGCCAUUUACCUCUUUUGGGAGGUAAAGAAGUGGCCCCAUGGAAACGAAUCACGAUGAACAUGAGAUUCAUGAACCAAAGCGUUUUUUAACCAUGACGCAUAAAUAUAUUCACUUGCUACUUAUUUAGUGCCAAUAGAAAAUGGCUCCGAACGGCCCGUUCAUGCUUGCAGAAAGUGCUAUGAUACGCUCAGUUGGUGGAUUUCCAAAAAUGGCAGAAAGAAAAAAAAAAAGGAAAAGUGUGUUAUUCAAUAGGUUGCUGCUGAAUGGCUUAAUCACGCGACCAGGGUUUUCUGGUCUCAGAUAUUGACCAAAUUUUUGGGAAAGCCUGUCAAUUCGCGCUUCCAAAAUCUUUCUUCUUUUACUAAUUGCCAAUUCCCUCGCUUGUAUAUUUCGUUUAUUCGUAUAUAUAAACCAUGAAUCCCUCAAAGCAACCCGAUGAAGCCGUGCCACAUUCAGAGACUGACCGAAAAGAUGAUAUACUGCCGGCCCAUAUUCCAGUUGACAUGGCUAUAGCGCCCGACCAGCAACCAUACCAUACACAUGUUAUCCACAGCCCUACCUGUGAGCCUCCGGAAGAGGACAGCAGCCCUCGAUUAGCUCAACAUACGCUUUCUCCCGAAAAGCUCGGUGUCACGGGCUACGUCAAAGAUGUGGUCGGCUUUGUCAAAGAUGCCGUCUAUGACGCCCGCGACCAGAAGCACCGUAAAAGCGGCCAACAAGGGCAAGCGUCCGAACAACCUCAUUUCAUUCCUGCAGGUGCAGCCGAACCGGCAGUGCUGGCCCCGGCGCAAGCCCCCCGAGAAAGCUCACCGUUGGUUGAUACUGUCAUUGGUCUUUUCCCGCAUUUAGGUGAUGACAAAGCAGCCGCAUGCACCCACGCUGAACAAUUACGCAACGAUAUGAUGCAAACUCACGCUGUGCAAAAUCCGAAUGAUCAUCGAUUAUUGUAAGAUCUUCCUUUUUAUCCAGAUAACAAAGUAAUAAAUAAUGCAAUGGGUUUGAUGGUGAUAUGAUUACUGCUGCAUUUGUGUGACACCGUUUGUACGCAUGACAUCAGUCUGUGUUUUCCGAAAAGGGAUAUUUCUUACAAGAAUCUGGCAUGCAUUCUUCGGUAUAUCAACUGAUAAGAAUUACUUAGCUGCGGUAUUGAAACUGUUUCGGGAUCGGGAUGAUGUGGCAUGAUGGAGAGUGUGAAAUGGUUUAUUUGCGUGCGUUGGUAUGUGCGUGGUAUGGUGUGCAGUAAACACAUUAACAAGCCGUACACCCGCUGUGCAAUGAAUGCCGCCUGCCACCGGAGGCCGCCCUCUUACAUUGAGCGACUUUCGUCAGACAAAAAGCCAUACGCA